GCGUCCUUCUGGUUUCCAAGGAAACGCGGGAAAGGACAGAGCGCAAACAGGACAGGAUAGUGCGAGACAUAACAGCUUCUUUUGCAGAUAUUUAAACACCUUUGACAAAGACUUUAAACUUCUAACAGAACAGAGUCGGAGACUGGAUGCUAGAAAUUCAUUCCUACUUGUUUAGGUGAAUGUGUGGACCUGUAUCUUGCAGCUGGCAGACCAAUGGAGAAAUACACACAAGCACUGCCACCCCAUUCUCCUUUAUAUUCCCCUCAAAAUAACUCAGAAGCUCGAUCUCCCUCUCUUCCACAGCCUGCGUCCUUCCCUUCCUCCCCAUCCACCCAGUCCUCCUAUCUUCACUUUACAUCAACCCCUCUGGCAUCUGGAGGGUCACAUUGCCUCAGUCCCUCCACAGUAUCUGACCAGGAUGACCUGACCUGCCUCAGCUGGCUGCAUCAAAGAGGGAACCUGUUGCCUUUGCAGCCACUGCCCAAAAUCAGCACACUGCCCCAGACGUUAGAUCCCAUUCCCGUCCAACAGCUGCCUUUCUCCCCUGCCAAACCCCCAUACUCUUUCAGCAGUCUCAUUUUCAUGGCAAUAGAAGAUUCGCCUGAGAAGAGGCUCCCUGUGAAAGGUAUUUAUGAGUGGAUUGUCGGCAACUUCCCCUAUUAUAGAGAGGCUCCCGGUGGAUGGAGGAACUCGGUCCGACACAACCUUUCCUUGAGCAAGAGCUUCCAACGAAUACAUCGAGACAAGAGUCAAUCUGUUGGAAAGGGUUCAUUAUGGCGUGUUUGUCCAGAAUAUCGGCCAGCUCUUCUGGAAGUUCUUAGAAAAACUCAUUAUUGUCAUCGUACCAAUAGUAACUUGCUGAGCAAGCCUGUUUUGUUGGAGGUGGCUGAUAAUGGGCAGAACACCUUGGGUGAGACUAUGGAGAUUUCAGAUCUAGAUUCUCUGUCUUCAAACCCGCCUUGCUCUUUGACACCGGAUCAUGAGGAGCUGAUCCCCAUGGAGUCUGUGGAACUGACAGAGGUUGUCGGCGAGGAUUCAGAGAAAGAUCCACUUGCAGACAGUGGUUACAUUGAGUUACACUAUUACCAGUAUCAGCAGUAUCAGUACCUGGUUCUUCCAGGAGACAGUGAGUUGGACCUGGAGUCGGUUGAGAUACUGCAGCUUGAUGCAGAGGCUCAGGAGGCUGCAGGGUCACUGCUUGACCUCGCGGGAGGCAACCACUGACAGCUUGCCUGUGUGCUGUGUACAAGCAAGGAGGGUUAAUGGGGAGAUGGGGACACUGUGAGAACUCUAGGCUUGAUGUACUAUUGGCACUUUAUAACUGCCUGAACUUUUACUUACUGUCAUGAAAGGUGCAACAUAAGCAAUUAAAAAAAAAAUCUAGUGAUUUAAAUAAACCAUUUGUAGGGACUGACAACAGCACUGUGAGGGUAUCCUUGGUAUUGGUGUAUAAAAGGUUAUAAAGCAUCUGCAAAAUGCUUUUAUAAAGAACAAAAUAUUUAUUGUUUACUGUCAUGGUUGAAAAGUAAUAUUUCAUGCACUUCCCUGCCAUUUUAAAUCCCUUCCAUUAAGAUUAUUCUAAAGAUUUGCUGUUC